AUGUCCUCUGAAAUCCACGGUAAAGAGCAAGAGCCGGAAUCUGAACACAAGUCUUCGAACAUCAUGAUCCCUGCCUUGCAGAAAGCGGUUCACCAACUUCAAGAAGCCGCUAACGGUUACGGAAAUAAUGACGCUUUGCUUGUUUUGGCGGAAAUGAAUUUUUUCGCCACUUAUUCACAUCCUCGCGAUUAUCAUGCCGCCUUUAAAUAUUACGAGCAACUAGCCUCCAAAGGAAAUACCACAGCCCAGCAAAUGCUCGGCUUUUAUUAUGCCACAGGGAUUGGACACGUCGUUCCUCGCGAUCAAGCCAAAGCCAGCAUAUACCAUACCUUUGCUGCUCAUGGCGGAGAUACAUCUGCCGAAAUGACACUAGGCUAUCGUCAUUUGUUAGGCAUUGCCACAGAACAGAAAUGUGAGGACGCUGUUUACUACUAUGAAAGCGCGGCAAGAAAAGCGGUUGACUAUUACCUUUCGGGACCUCCCGGCGGCCAUUCUCCUCCACCGACAAAGGUGCGAUUGUCGGACGAGUAUGGUGGUGUGUACGGUUACGGCACUGGUAUAGCUAUCGAUAAACGGCUUCGCUCCCAUAACGCUGUAUCACAGAAAUCUGUCAGCAUCGAAGAAGUUCUUCAAUACUGGCAAUAUCUUGCACAAAGCAAAUCAGACUAUGAUGCCCAGCUUAUGUUAGCCCAAGCUUACUAUCAAGGGUCAAGAAGCAUAAAGCAAAAUUUUGCCGAAGCUUUUGGCUAUUUCCAACGAGUGACAAAGUUGGCUCCACCCGGCAAGCUUACAGAGGCUUUCAUCAAUAGCAAGAAAGGAAAAGCGGUUGGUCAAGCUGCUGGUUACUUGGGACGAAUGUAUUGGAGAGGCGAAGGCGUAAAGCAGGAUAUUGGCAUGGCACGCGAAUGGUUUUCAAUUGGCCAACAGUUCAAGGAUCCCAUGUCCUUGAACGGGCUAGGAGUGAUGCUAUUGGAAGGCAUCGGCAUGCCUCCUAAUCGUGAAAAGGCAAUCGAAUAUUUCCAGGCCGCUGCAAAAAUGAAGAACCCGGAUGCUCAAGUCAAUUUAGCCAUUCAAUAUUUAAAACACGAAAAAACUUUGGGCCUUGCUAUCCAGCAAUUUUCCAGUGCUGCUGAAGCAAAGCAUAUACUUGCGUACUGGUAUCUAGCUCAACUGAAUUACGCCGGCUUAGGUUUAAAGGCUUCGUGCCCUAUGGCAGUAUCUUUUUAUAAAGCAAUUGCUGAACGUGGUGACUGGCUUUCCCCAGACAUUGAAACCGCGUAUGACGCGUAUAUGGAUGGCGAUCUUGACAGUGCUCUGCUUCAUUACAUGCUAGCCGCAGAAAAGGGCUAUGAGAUUGCGCAAGCCAAUGUCGCGUAUAUCCUCGAUACAGACAAGCAGUUGCUCCAACUACCUAUUCAAACUAAACUGCCGUAUAAUCCUGGAUCGGUUAUUAAUGCAUCGGAGACAGCGUUAAUAUAUUGGUCACGUUCCGCUAAUCAAAACAAUGUGGAUGCUCGUGUGAAGAUGGGUGAUUAUUAUUUCAAAGGAAUCGGCACGUCCGUAGAUUACGAAAAGGCUGCAGCUUGCUAUCGCGCUGCUGCUCAACAAGAUCUCUCCCCAGUCGCCAUGUGGAACCUCGGUUGGAUGUUGGAGAACGGUAUCGGCGUAUCAAAAGAUUUCCAUCUGGCGAAGCGAUCGUAUGAUAAUAUCCUGGAAGUGAACCCCGACGCUUACCUGCCUGUGAAGCUAUCGUUGCUCAAGUUGUAUGCAAAAGCUUAUUGGGAAUGGUUCUGGGGUUCCGCCAGCGACGACGACCUUCCGUUAUCUGAUCGCAAGGAGAAGACAGACUUAUGGAAAAACGAUGACAGUGAUUCGAUACAUUUACGUGAAAAAAUUGAAACGCAACAUGACGAUGCAGAUCAAGCUCAGCAUAACUCGGAAGAAGAGUUAAGACGCAAAUACAGAAAACAAAUGAAGCAACUCGAGAGAGAAGACGAUUAUUACAGUGAUAGUUAUGAAGAAUCCGACGAUGAAGAGGAAGACCAAUGGGAAGAGGAUGAGCUGAUCGAGGGCUUAAUGAUUCUCGGCUUGUGUGUCAUCGUAGGCUGGCUUGUUUAUGUGCGUCAGUUCCGAUUCGGCAAUCGCAACAAUCGCAACCAUCAAGAUAACCAGAAUGACCAGAAUAAUCAGAACAACCAAAAUAACCAAAAUAACAGCAACUUAUUCAAUGGCAGAAUGGCUGGAAAUCCUGUCGAGACGGCACAGCAAUCGGCUACCAAUUCAAGGACAAAUAUUCCAAGAGAAGAAGCCGAUUCGUAG